AAGAAGACCUUCAGACAGCUGAUAUACAGCAACAUUUUGAAUUGUCUGAUAUGCCGCAAGAUAUUAAAGGAAGGAUUGAAUUUGAUUCUAGUCAGUUGAAGAUUUCUGCUAUUGAAGAGAAAAUUCAAAAAAUCAUAAAAGUUGUGCAAGAAUUGUGUGAUAAGAGAGAAGAAAUAUCACAAGAUACAUUGUCUGUAAAAGAAAAUAUUGCAGAAAAAUUGAAUAUACAUAUAUUUGAAUCUACGCAAAAACUGACCAAAUACGAGGAAAUGUCAAAUGAAACAAAUAAAAAGUUACAAGAGAUAACUACUACUAUUAAUGGAAUAACAAAACUGCAAGCUGAUAUGAUAACAGAGGGAAAACAGAAUCUUUUUGAAAUUGGAGAACAACUAAAAGAAAUCUUUCAAGAAUUGAAAAAAUUUUCAGUUAUAGAGGACAUACAAUAUCGUGUGGAAGAUAUACGAAACUGCAAAGUAGACAGAUCUGAAAUGCUUGAUGGCUUAGAUAGAAAAGCAGAUAAAUCCCAACUUGAAGAAAAACUUGAUAAAUCAACACAUGUGGCUUCCUGUGAAGAAAUAAAUUUGCAAUUUGUUGAUGUAAUUGCCAAAAUAGCUGCUCAAGAACAAGAAACAGAAAGAAAUUUUCAAAAAAUAAAGAUACUUUUAGAUAAAAAACUUGAAAUAUCAGAAAUGGAUAAACAUCGCGAAAUACUGAAGGAACGUUUAAAAAUUAUCAUCACAAAAUUGAAACUACUUAGAGAUGAUGAGGAAGAGCGUUCUGCUGCAGGAGUUAAAGUUAGAUGCAUUUCAUGUGAUAGACCAUUGAAACAAUUUAAUAAGAAUGCUGUUAUAAGUGAUGGAAGCCAAAAUCCAUUGUUACAAUUUGAAAUGCCACAUAAUAGUGAAGGUUUUUUGCCACCAGUAAACAAAGGUAACCUAUCUGAAGGCUAUCAUAAACUGAAAACACAAUCCUUUUAUUUGAAAAAGACUGCAAUAACUGGUCCAGAUGGAAAUAAGGCCUGGGAAGAGGUUCCAUUACAAGGAACAGACGGACGAAUAUAUCGAGGAUAUUUAGAGAAAACUCGGCAAAUUUCCUCGUCACAAUGGUAAAUAGUAAAUCAGUUUUAUACAAUGUGUUAUAAAUAAUAAUAAUAAUUUAUUUUUUCUGAAUUCAGUUGAUAUAUAAGUAAUUUUCUUUAUCAGUUAACAGAUUUCUGUUAACAAAAUUUAGAAUCAAGUCCUAUUCAAGUAUAUUU